AUUUGUUCAUAUAGCCCACAAUCGUCGGAAAUAUAAAAUGCCUUUAAAUAUUAAAAACACAUGGUAAUAUAUAUUUUAAGUCUUGAAUUCCAGACUGUUGAUGCAUUUACAAAAGGAAUGGUCUCAUGCAUGAUUGAAGGGCAACACUAUAUAAAGGGUAGCAAGAAUGCAAACUUUGUGAACCAAGCAUAGAUCAUUAGGGUCUCUAGGAAAAGAGAGUACUAAUAAAGAUCUGAGCUACACAAGAAACCAUAUAUUAUGGGAACCUUCUCAGGGUCGAGGCACUGGCCUCGACUCAUCUACUUAGUGGCAUUUUGCCUACUUGCAAUUAGUGUCAUUGCUAAGCCUGAUGAUGAAGAUCAUGAUAAGAAACCUUACCCUCAUGAAAAACCUAAAAAAGAUCAUGAAUUACCUCCAAAGCAUGAAGAACAUCCACCCCAUGAUCAUAAACCACAUCCACAUGAACAUAAAUCUCCACCACCUCCACCUUAUGGUUACGAAUCACCGCCUCCACCAAUCUAUUCUCCACCACCUCCAUAUGUUUAUAAAUCUCCUCCUCCACCAGUUCAUUCUCCGCUUCCUCCAGUGCAUUCACCUCCACCACCAUAUAUCUACAAGUCUCCUCCACCAUCAAAUCACUCACCGCCUCCACCGUAUAUUUAUAAAUCACCUCCUCCUCUGAUUCACUCACCUCCUCCACCAGUCCAAUCCCCGCCCCCACCAUAUGUUUAUAAAUCUCCACCUCCUCCAGUUCAUUCUUCGCCUCCACCAGUUCAUUCACCGCCUCCACCGUACAUUUACAAAUCACCUCCUCCUCCUGUUCACUCACCUUCUCCACCAGUCUACUCUCCGCCCCCACCAUAUGUUUAUAAAUCUCCACCUCCUCCAGUUCACUCACCACCUCCACCGUACGUUUACAAAUCACCUCCUCCUCCUGUUCACUCGCCUCCUCCACCAGUCCACUCUCCGCCUCCACCAUAUGUUUAUAAAUCUCCACCUCCUCCAGUUCACUCACCGCCUCCACCGUACGUUUACAAAUCACCUCCUCCUCCUGUUCACUCACCUCCUCCACCAUAUCUGUAUAAAUCUCCACCUCCUCCAGUUCACUCUCCGCCUCCACCAGUUCAUUCACCGCCUCCACCGUACGUUUACAAAUCACCUCCUCCUCCUGUUCACUCACCUCCUCCACCAGUCCACUCUCCGCCUCCACCAUAUGUUUACAAAUCACCUCCUCCUCCAGUUCACUCACCGCCUCCACCGUACAUUUACAAAUCACCUCCUCCUCCAGUUCACUCACCGCCUCCACCGUACAUUUACAAAUCACCUCCUCCUCCAGUUCACUCACCGCCUCCACCGUACAUUUACAAAUCACCUCCUCCUCCAGUUCACUCACCGCCUCCACCGUACAUUUACAAAUCACCUCCUCCUCCAGUUCACUCACCGCCUCCACCGUACAUUUACAAAUCACCUCCUCCUCCAGUUCACUCACCGCCUCCACCGUACAUUUACAAAUCACCUCCUCCUCCAGUUCACUCACCGCCUCCACCGUAUGUUUACAAAUCACCUCCUCCUCCUGUUCACUCACCUCCUCCACCAGUCCACUCUCCGCCCCCACCAUAUGUUUAUAAAUCUCCACCUCCUCCAGUUCACUCACCGCCUCCACCGUACGUUUAUAAAUCACCUCCUCCUCCUGUUCACUCGCCUCCUCCACCAUAUCUGUAUAAAUCUCCACCUCCUCCAGUUCACUCUCCGCCUCCACCAGUUCACUCACCGCCUCCACCAUACGUUUACAAAUCACCUCCUCCACCAGUCCACUCUCCGUCCCCACCAUAUGUUUAUAAAUCUCCACCUCCUCCAGUUCACUCACCGCCUCCACCGUACGUUUACAAAUCACCUCCUCCACCAGUCCACUCUCCGCCCCCACCAUAUGUUUAUAAAUCUCCACCUCCUCCAGUUCACUCACCGCCUCCACCGUACGUUUACAAAUCACCUCCUCCUCCUGUUCACUCACCUCCUCCACCAUAUUUGUAUAAAUCUCCACCUCCUCCAGUUCACUCUCCGCCUCCACCAGUUCACUCACCGCCUCCACCGUACGUUUACAAAUCACCUCCUCCACCAGUCCACUCUCCGCCCCCACCAUAUGUUUAUAAAUCUCCACCUCCUCCAGUUCACUCACCGCCUCCACCGUAUGUUUACAAAUCACCUCCUCCUCCUGUUCACUCACCUCCUCCACCAGUCCACUCUCCGCCCCCACCAUAUGCUUAUAAAUCUCCACCUCCUCCAGUUCACUCACCGCCUCCACCAUAUGUGUAUAAAUCUCCACCUCCUCCAGUUCACUCUCCGCCUCCACCAGUUCACUCACCGCCUCCACCGUACGUUUACAAGUCACCUCCUCCUCCUGUUCACUCACCUCCUCCACCAGUCCACUCUCCGCCUCCACCAUAUAUUUAUAAAUCUCCACCUCCACCAGUUCACUCUCCGCCUCCACCGUAUGUUUACAAAUCACCUCCUCCACCAGUCCACUCACCGCCUCCACCGUACGUUUACAAAUCGCCUCCUCCUCCUGUUCACUCACCUCCUCCACCUGUCCACUCUCCGCCACCACCAUAUGUUUAUAAAUCUCCACCUCCUCCAGUUCACUCUCCGCCUCCACCAGUUCACUCACCACCUCCACCGUACGUUUACAAAUCACCUCCUCCUCCAGUUCACUCACCCCCUCCACCAGUCCACUCCCCACCUCCACCGUAUGUUUACAAAUCACCUCCUCCACCAAUUCACUCGCCUCCACCACCAUAUAUCUAUAAGUCUCCUCCUCCACCUGUUCACUCACCGCCUCCACCGUAUGUUUACAAAUCUCCUCCUCCACCAAUCCACUCUCCACCCCCUCCAUAUGUCUAUAAAUCUCCUCCCCCACCAGUUCAUUCUCCGCCUCCUCCAGUGCAUUCACCUCCACCACCAUAUAUUUAUAAGUCCCCUCCACCACCAAUUCACUCACCACCUCCACCAUACGUUUACAAAUCACCUCCUCCUCCAAUUCACUCACCUCCUCCACCAGUCCAUUCCCCACCCCCACCAUAUAUUUAUAAAUCUCCACCUCCACCAAUCCACUCUCCGCCUCCUCCAAUCCAUUCACCUCCACCACCAUAUGUUUACAAAUCACCUCCUCCUCUGGUUCAUUCACCUCCUCCACCAACCCACUCUCCGCCCCCACCAUAUGUCUAUAAAUCUCCUCCUCCACCUGUUCACUCUCCGCCACCACCAUAUACCUAUAAGUCUCCCCCUCCUCCUGUCCACUCACCACCUCCACUAGUCCAUUCACCCCCACCACCAUAUAUUUACAAGUCUCCUCCUCCAUCAGUUCACUCACCGCCUCCACCAUAUGUUUACAAAUCACCUCCUCCUCCAUAUCACACACCGUCACCCUUAAUUCACUCACCACCACCUCCAUAUAUCUAUAAGUCUCCACCACCUCCAGUGCAUUCACCACCACCACCAUAUAUUUAUAAAUCUCCUCCUCCACCUGUCCACUCACCACCUCCACCAUAUAUCUAUAAAUCCCCACCUCCUCUAGCCCACUCACCUCCACCACCCCACGUAUAUGUUUAUCCGCUGCAGUCACCUCCACCUCCUCAUGUUCCCAAUCAUCCACCAUACCUCUAUAACUCACCACCACCUCCUCCAAAAUACUAUUAAGCUUGCUUUUAAUUAUAAGCUAUCUUAAAUUGCUUCAGUAUUAUUAUGGCAUGCAUGUGUUGCGGUUAGGAACUAUAACUUCAUUAAUAACAGGGGUUAUACGAUCUACACUAAAGGAAAUUUUCGUUAAAUGUAACCUCCUUAUGUAUACUUUUUAUUCAGAAGUUUGUUCUGCUCUAACAAUGUUCAACUAUUGUCAUUCGCUUGUGUUAAGUAUCCAUUUACUUAUUUACAUGAUAUUCUUAUGUAAUUUGUGAGGUGCUACUUCGAAAUAAAUACUUUAUUUGACAUUA